AUGCCCUGGCAAAAGAUCUCUCCCGGUUACUAUGAGCGGUCUUUUGAUUCCAUUGAGAACUUUUACCGCUCCGUUGCUGAUGCCGGUGCUCCUUUGAACAAGCAGCACUUCCUCAUUUCGUGUACUGUUAAGUUGAAGUCUCUUCCCCCAGUGCAGAAUCUUAAAAAUGCAUGGAAGUCCCUUCGACAGCGUUAUCCGCAGAUUGCAGCCAGGGCCAAUGAGGCUGGCUCUCAAUUAUGCUAUACGGUCCCUUCCUCGGAUGCACUAGAAGCCUGGGUCCAAGAAACCUUCAUCGUUCGGGAUCGACUUUCUGCCGACGAUAUAUACAGCCAGGAAAAGCCAUCUUCCCAAUUUUUCUUGUUUUGCCUUCCUGAAACCCACGAGCUACUCUUUCGUACGCCCCACUGGCGCAUCGAUGGAGUUGGUUUGAUGUAUCUACAAGAUACCUUCCUCAAGAUCCUAGCGAAUGGUACCCCCGACCUUAUCCAGUUUGACGGCUCAGAGGUGAGAAACCUUGCGCCCUCUUUGGAUGAGGCAGCUGGCGUACCAUCCACUAUCACUCCAGCUAUAUCUCAAGCUGCUGAUGAGGAGCUAAGUGCCAUGCUGAACAAUCAACCAGCAGUUUUAAUAAAAACACUGCCAAAUGAAUUGCCGGCUACCACGCGGCGUCUUAAGUCAGCUUUACCGGCUGGUACCACUAGCCAGAUCAUCAGUUCUUGCAAGUCUCGAGGCCUGACUGUGACAGCCGCUAUGCAUGCAGCUUUAAUAGUUACCACCCUUCCAUAUGUGGACACGUAUGGCCAGACUAGGGGGAGAUAUACUGCACUAAAUCCAUUUGAUCUUCGGAAGUAUCUGCCAGCGCCACUGAAUGGUCCUGACGCAGCGGUUAGCAUUUACCACACUGGAAUUCCUAUCAGUAUCGACCUUACUGUGAACAAAGACUUUGAUUCUGUUGUCUUAGAGGCGAGUAAGGCAUACAGGCGUGAUCUGAGCAAGGAAAAUCCGCGAAACAUAUUCCAUUUCCUGCCUGAAUACGUGAAUAAGGUCUUCCAGCUACUAAGCCAACAACCCAGCGAUCCUCUGCUAGCGCCAGCUCACCCAGAGCUAAGCUCAAUGGGAAUUGUCAAUAAUUACAUUUCAACAAAGUAUCAAGGGCCAGAAUUCACCAUUGAGGUAGAUGAUUGGUGGGUUGCUCUGGAAUCGAUCGUUCGUCUCCUUCUUAUCCACGUUUGGACUUGGAAUGACGAGUUGGUGUUCUCAUUUAACUGGAACGAAGCCUUCUAUGAUGAUGAAUUCAUUACUAAAUUUCUAUCUGAGUGGAAGAAAGCUCUUUGUGUGUCGUUGGAUGUGCCGUAUUAG